AUGAUCGUUGAUCUGGGGGGUGCAGAGAAUAUUAUUGAGCUGUGUAUGAAGAAUAAGAAGAACAAGAACAAGGCCACCACUUCCAAAGGCCUAAUGGAUGUUCCCAUGGGACUUAUUGAACCAGAGGAGUUUUUGAAAGCAGCAGCUCAGGGAAAGAUGGAAGUAGUUGAGAAGUUUCUGGAAGAUGGAGGAGAUCCAAACACCUGUGAUGAGUUCAGAAAAACAGCACUCCAUCGGGCUGCUCUGGAAAAUCAUGCUAAAAUAGUGGAAAAAUUGCUGGACAAAGAAGCUGAUAUCAACUUUAAAGACAGGCUGGAUUGCAGGGCUAUCGCUUGCAGAGGUGGAAGUCUCUCAGCACUGAACGUUCUUCAGGACAGGGGAGCUGAUAUCAACGCCAGAGACAAACUGCUUAGCUCACCUUUACAUGUGGCCACACGGACCGGUCACAGCGACGUGGUCCAACAUCUUAUAGCCAGUGGAAUCAAUAUCAAUGCCAAAGAUUGGGAAGGAGACACAUCUCUACAUGAUGCGGUCAGAUUAAAUCGAUAUAAAAUUGUAAACAUACUGGCUGGAGCUGAUAUGCAGAUCAAGAAUGCUUGGGAAAGAGGUGUUGACUCAUUUGUUUUUUGA